GGCGUAAUCGCUGUGCCGGACGGAAGUGACGUCGCUGCGAGCCCCGGCGUGCGGCCCCGGGGAGCGCGGAGGGAGCGGGCCCGGGCGCGGGCCCGGGAUGGACCCGGCGGCCGAGCACCGGCAGCAGCUCCGCAGCCUGCGGGACUUCCUGCUGGUCUACAACCGUAUGACCGAGCUCUGCUUCCGCCACUGCGUCUGCAACCUCAACUACCGGCUGCUGACGGGCCGCGAGGAGUCGUGCCUGGAGAGCUGCGCCGCGAGGCUGGUCCGCGCCAACCACCGCCUGAUGGGCGCCUACGUGGGGCUGAUGCCGGCGCUGCUGCAGCGCCGCGCAGCCGAGCACGAGGCAGCGGCGGCGCCGGCCGGACCCCCGGCCUCCCCCGAGCCGGCCCCGGGCCCCGCGGGCUCCUCGCCAGACGCUCCCGGUACCGGCACGUAGCAGCACCUGGCCACAGCUGUCCGGCACCGCCCCUGCCCUGCACCGGCAGGAGCAGCUGCAUCCUUGCUGCACUGGAGCUCCAGGCUGGAGCAGCACCUGCACGGGCCCCGGGAGCCCCGAGCCCUGGCUGGGCUGUGCAGGGCACCGGGGAGGGGGGGCACUGGAGUGGGGGAAAGCCCCCCCAGCCCUCGUGGUUGUGGAUUUAUGGGAAGUGCGUUGUUAGUCCCAAUAAAACAUCUUUACAGUAA